AUGUCCGCAGUCGCCGCUCAGGCGCCCGUUGCUUCCCCAGAGCAGCAAGCACGUGACAUUGAAGCACGCGACCGUGCGGCUGCCGAGCGCAAUGCACGAGACCAGAAAGCCAUGCCUCCACCGUCAGCCAAGCGUAGGGUUGGCAGGCCACGCAAAACACCAGCGCCAGCCUACUCUCUUCCGUCAGCUAAUGCGCCAACAAAUCCUACUCUAGCUCGUGAAGAUGCUAAAGAUGCUGAGCUUGAUGAAGAGAACAUCGUUUUGCAGCAGAAGCUUACCACUGUAGACCUUACCAACUCAGAUGACAAGAAAGCCGAUGAAAGUGACGAUGGGUCACCACUCAGUGACCUCGAGGAGCUCGAGAGACGUGAAAGCGUGCUGCAAGCCCAGCGCAAUCAAGGCAAGCCAAGCUCCGGUGCGGAGGAUGCUAUCAUGCUUGAUGAUCCGAGUCAAGAAGUCGAGCGGGAAGCUGUCGAUGAAGGCUCCAUUGACUACAGCGAUGUCGACCCUGCCGAACUCGAAGACCAUUCAUACAUGGAGGAUGAUCAGAAGAGCGUCGUUUCCAUCUCUUCCGACGACCAUGAGAAGUAUAAAUCAGAAGCGAAGCCCAACGAUGAUCCCAGCAAAGCCAUCGAUCUCGAGCGUCCAUGGAGGAUUUCCGGUUUUGACGAAACAGCGCGCCGCAAGUUUGAGCAAAUGUACUGCCAAGACCGUUUGGCGCCGCUGCAGGGCAAUUGGGACUUGACUGAAGACUACCAUCGCGAGCAAGACAAGGAGAUGCUUCGAUACCUCGAAGACUUCCCACUUGACAAGUGGCUCAUCGACAAGCAGGCGGCCAACGAUGCUUACAUGAACCUGCUUAAGCGGACCAAAUGGCGCAACCUCAGCAUCGGUGUCUACUCUGAGCAUCGCAACACCCAAUAUAUUUCGAGCAGCUCGCCCUUCUCGCGGACUAUGCCCAUGAUGCAGCCGCAGCAGGGUCCGCCUCCGGGCCGUCAGCCUUCGAUGGGAGGUCCGCACGGCGCUCCAAAUGGGAUGCCGCCGCAACAGAUGCAUCACGGCCCACCAUCCAAUGGACACGGUAUGCCACCACCACCACAGAUGCUCCGCUCACAACCAAAUCCUCAAUCAAUGCCACAGUCGUUUGGUCAGACGCUGCCAGGCCAGUAUCAGCACCCAGGAUUUAAUCAUCAAGGCGCAAUGGGCCCGCCGCCACUGCCGUUUGGUCAUCCGCAGCACGUUGGCGGAGUCCAUGGUAUGGCACAACACGCGCCAAUUCUUGGCAUGCCGCAACCUGGCGCUCAGAAGCCGCAGUCUCUUGGACGUGUCAACAGCAUGCACCAACAAACACCGGUCUUCGGCAUGCCUAGUAUAGGAGGCAAGGCUAUCGGCGCCGGUACGUUUGUCGAUGCGCUCACGAUCGACGACAACGGCCCUACCGAUUCGAAGGGCAGGAAGAGGAAGUUGUCGUUGACAGCUAAAGCGCAUAGUGAGAUGCCAGCAUGUCCGAUCCCACCAUACCCCGAGGGCGAGCGUCCAUCCGAGCGUAAGAAGGUCGGCAAGAUCAGCAAGACCGCGAAGAACCGCAAGAACGCCAAGCGUACCAUGCGCAAGCCGGCCGAGGCGGAGAAGAUGCCAUGGCAUCGCCAGAUCGAUUUCGUCCAGGCCAAGGAAGAUGCAAGCUGGGAUGAGAGUCACUACGAUGCUGGUAUCAUCGAAGCAAUGAACGUGGUACGAAAGAAGAAUCAGCCCGUCGUGGAUAAGAUUGACCAGGAGCUUCUCGAGAAGCAGAAGCUUCAAAGAGCGGCCAAAAAAGCCGGCAACACUGGAAGGAACACCAUUGCGGCUGCGCGAGCGUUUGUCGCGGCAGGCGGCGUGGCUCCUCCGAAAGCUAGGAUAUUUACGACCGAAGUCAGUUCCCCGAGCAAGAGUAGCGAAGCUGGCGGCGAAGAGGAUACGAAGGCCGAGGGCAGUCCGCGCAAAAAGUCCGAAAGCGCUGGCGGCGAAGGCAAUUUCUCCUUUGCUAGCGACGCUGACAGGGCGAGAGCGAGUGAGCUGAAGUGCACCACCCCGUACGAGGUACUCGAUGCCGCCGAGGCUGGUGAGGUAGAAUGGGAGUUGUGCAAGCACAUCUGUAUCCGCUGGUUGCCGGGCAAGAAGAGCCACUCCCUAGGCCUGGAGCAGGCGCGCUUCCGCAUCUACGACACGCUUAUCACGCGUCAGCAGUACGACAACACGCUAGUACUCACCGGACGUGCCGCCAUGUGCAUCAUCGACUUCUGCCCAGAUAUGCUUUGCCGUGUGCCGCUCCUGCGUAUUUGUUCGGAAGCCGGUUGCGGCAAUACGGAGGUGCGCGAUCGCAUGUCUUGGAACGGCUGCUAUAUUGACAAGGCGACGGUCACGAAGCGCAUUCGAGCUGCGUUGGGCCAGAAGCAGAGCAACAAUCCUGACAAGCGUAAGAAGGAGGCAGAGGAAGUCGGAGACGCUGAGGGCAAGGUCGCGAAGCACGGGUCGGACGGGAGGGCGAAGGAGAGAUAUACAGCAGACGAGCACAAGUGGUAUAACGACAACGAUAAGUACUUCGAUUGGUACAUUCAGUUCUUCGGCACGAGACGCACCCACCGUUUCGGGCAGAAGGGGGGCUCUAUGCGCACCAAGAGCGAGGGCUUAAGUAGCGAGGGGUUCACUAGCGCCAGCGAGCGCGAGGUGACUAUGGACGCGGCUAGUCCGGAAGAUAGCGCGAUGAGUCCUGCUAAGAGGCGGAAGACGGAGGAGACGGAUGCCGAUGAGUCGGUGGAUGGGGAUGAUGUUGAAAAUGAUGGCGAAGAUGCGGUUAGCAUUCAGAGUGAUACGUUGCUGGAUGAGAUCGAGGAUUAG